UUCUUACGAAGAUAUCAGAGGUAUCGCGAUGGCUGAAGGAACUUUCUGUUGGACUCAAUGACGUUAGGAGAUCUGGAUAGCUUCAAACUCACGCCCGAGGGAGGCACAUUGUCAAAAUGAUUCUAUACGUCCAGAAAUGGCUGUUAUAUAAGUCUACAAAGAAAUGUCCAUCCUGAAACGUCGGAUAUUGCCAAUUCUGAACGCCCAAAUUUCUUACAAGCUUCCUCGAACCUCUUCAUACGCGACGAUGGCUCUGCCACCAUUCAAAGUCAACGCCCUCCCACGAUCUUUGUACCCAAGCUCGAUAUCUUACAGCCCUCAAGACUUCCGCAGACAAGAUGAAGGGUCCGACUCGGACUGGUACUCCCAACCACGAUUUGUGCAACACAUCGACGACGGAGCAAUUGCCAUGUUGAAGUCUUACUAUGGUUCAAUCAUCAAGCCCAACAAUAGCGUGCUGGACAUCUGCUCGAGUUGGGUUUCGCAUUUGCCCGAUAACAUCAAUCCGCAAAGCAUGAUUGGGAUUGGGAUGAACAAGAUGGAGCUGGAACGCAAUGGACACCUCACGAAGUUCUUCGUCAAAGACCUCAACACGAACCCGAAUAUACCAGAAGUUCCUAAUGAGAGCGUCGAUGUGGUAAUCUGCAACGUCUCCGUUGACUACCUUACCCAGCCUAUAUCCAUAUUCAAGGAGACGCAUCGGGUGUUGAGAGACAACGGGUCUGCACAUAUGGCGUUCAGCAACAGAUGCUUUCCAACCAAAGUCAUUGGCAAGUGGAUGGGCAUGAGUGACGAGGAACGGAGACGCUGGGUUGGUGGCUAUUUCUGGGCGAGUGGAGGGUGGAAGGAGGUCGAGGAAGUCAUACUCAAGGAGGGAAAGGGCGGGUUCUGGGGAGGCUAUGAGGAUCCUCUGUUCGUAGUACGAGCAAGGAAAGCUGUGGAUUGAGUGCGACAUCUCGAUCAUAUUAUUGCGGAAGCAGGGUCGAAUCCUCAUUACUGCGAGUGACGAGGCAGGAGUACUUUCAUUGUAUACAUCAUCCACACUCCAAUUCUCGUCCAGUCGGGUUGCCUCUAUGAUUCUGCAUCCGACUUCUGCAAUGGUACGGCGCAAGGACGCAAUCAAUACACUAUUCAUCUUCUAUGCAGGUCUUGAUUCCACGACCAAGUGGCCUUUAUAUGCGUCCUCAGACGCCGGCCUCAAAAUCGCCAGCAAUACAUUUCGGCUUACCGACCAAUCUCGGAUGAAGCGGGGUGGAUAAAGUUAUCGGCUCCGCUCAUCCAAUCCCUACUUGAUUUAUUAACAUAUAUAUACCACCUUGUGUAACAUCGAGAUCGUUCCUGUAAAUUCCCCUGAUCGCCACAGGGUUAGGGACCAAGCCAACUCAUA